AUGUGCAAUAAUUGGGGUACUAGAACUCAAUGGAGAAACUCAGAAUCUGGCCCCUUUGAGUGGACAUCUUAUCUUAAAGCAAUUGAAGCGGAUCCUGUUCAGUCUUCCCUCUUUUUCCAUGUUCCCUUUGAAGUCCAGAUUCCGUCACCCUCCGUUCUUCCUGGACAGAAUGUUGUCCCUGAUGGCACUUUCAAGCCUGAUCAGUAUCUAGAGGGUAUUGAUCCUCAUAAUGAAAGCCUGAUUUGUGUUUUGUGUAUUUCGGAAUUGGUGGGACGACGUGUCAAGCUUCAUUUUGCUGGUUACCCGGAGAAGUAUGAUUUCUGGACAACAGUGGACUCUCCUUUCUUGUUUCCUGUUGGUUGGUGUGCUCAUAAUAAUCGUCAACUCCAACCGCCUAAAGAAUAUCUUGAAGAACCAUACAAUCAAUUUACUUGGGCCAGCUUUCUGUCUAAACAAGGAGCUAAGCCAGUUCCACGCCACCUAUUUAAAGUGUCGUGGGAUUCUCCUGUUGAUGCAUCACCGCCGCAUAUGUUUGCUGUUGGACUCAAACUUGAGGCUAUAGAUAAACGGAAUCCAGCUCUUGCUUGUGUUGCUACUAUCAAAGAUUGUAUUGGCGAUUAUGUACUAAUUCAUUUUGACGGUUGGGACUCAGGUUUCGACCAAUGGGCUCAUAUAUCCUCUGAACUUCUACGCCCUGUUGGAUAUUGUGAAGAUCACGAACAGGUUCUAUCAAUACCCAGUGAUUGGAGUAAUCGUCGUAAUGGGUUCAGUUGGAAGCUUUACUUGAAAGAGACAAACUCAAAACCUGUACCUAAAGAGGCAUUUGAUGAGGCUAGAAAAUUCUCCAAAUCAUCUCAACAGUUUCAUAUCAAUCAACGUCUAGAGGCUGUGGAUAAGCGUUGCCCAUCAUUGAUCCGUGUUGCCAACGUUGUAGAUAACACUCCUCCUGGCUUUUUAACUUUGGGAUAUGAUGGCUGGCCUGAUAAAUACAACAUACGCAUUGAGGUUGGAUCUCUUGAUUUAUUUCCUGUUGGCUACUGUCAUGCUUCUGGGCAUCCUUUACAAGUUCCGCCGGGAUAUGAUUCUGAAUUAGAUUUAAACGGAAAUUUAAUGGAUUCCUAUUCUAACUCGUCUACUAGCUCUGUCAGCUGUGGUGGGACUGCCAAUCCAUUCGGCGGUUGCCCAACUCCUGGUUGCAAAGGGUAUGGACAUAUCAAAGGACCUCGUUAUUUUUCUCAUCAACGUAUCUCAGGUUGUCCAUAUGCUGAUGGCAAUCUCAAAAAGAUUCUAUUAGGGCACAUGACUUCUCCUUUUUCUGUUGAUUCUGAAAAUCCUGAUUCUAGUGCAACUGCAACAUCAACCUCUGUCUAUAAUCCUUUAAAUCGUAGCUCAGGUCAACGUCUUUCUCCAGAUUCUACAGUGAAAAGCGAAUACUCGUCGUCAAAUAGUACUUCAACUAUGAUACCAAUUUUUUCAACUUCAAUAUCAUACAGUCCUGGUACAUUACAGUUAUCUCUUGUUAACAACAGUACCACAACCUCACCUGGUUUUCCAGCUGUGAUAAACAAUCCUCAUCCAACCAAUAGUCCUGCGGCUUCUGUUCAAAAUCCUCUUUCAGACGAUCUACCCCAACUUAAUGCCUUACCUUUAAACUUAACAAUUGAUAAGGUAUCUGAUUUUUCAGUCAAUGAAGUAGAUAUGAGAACGGAGCUAUCGAACUCUUAUUCUCCUUCACUCACUUAUGGUGUUGGCUCCAUAUCUCAGUGCGAAAACUCAAAUCCCUCUGAAAUCCCAGACAAUAUGAAGGUUUUAACAAAUGAGCCUUUGACGACUACUGUCACAAAAUCAAAUGUAGAAGUGAACGACUCAAUUAGGCCACAAAAGUUGAGCAAAAUGGAAUCUAAUCUUGUUGAAAACAUAUCUCCUCCUAAUUUAUUACCUCAAACUGUGGAUCCAUCUGAUGAAUACAUUAAAAGUGUCGGUGUAUCUCCUAUUCCCAUUAAACGUAAACGUGGUCGACCAAGAAAAUAUACUUCUGUACAUGUUCUACAUCCCACCUUACAGCAAUCACGUCCUAUUCACCUCACUUCUUUAGCAUCUCUACCACAUUCAUACACUGCAUCUGCUGGACGGCAUUCAUAUCCAGCUGGUGUUUCAAGUCAACAUCACACUUAUUCGUCUUCUGCAAUUCCCAUUUCUACAGUAUCUAUUACAUCCACAUUAUCUCUUUGUAGCAAUAUUAGUAUGACCGUCAAUCCUCAUUCAUCGAUAGACUGUCAAGGUGAUAACUUUCUUGGUCAUAACAUGGAUUUUAAUAAUGCUAAGAAUAUUGAUUUGUUUAAGUCUGCUGCAUGCAGCUCAGAGCCAAGCCCUGCUGACAGCGUUCUAACUAAUGCAUGUAUCAAUUCUAAUAUGAACUUUAUGGAUGUAGACCGGUUGAGACCACCUGGUUAUGAAAUUCCUGGGCAACCUACCCCUUCUUUUGGUCCAUUGAGUGAUCCGGUUGUUGGUUAUCCGAUUAAUGCUAAGUUAACUCAGGAAAUGACUCCUGUUGAUCUGUGCUCUAAUCGUACUCCUCGUAUAACGGUUAUGAAUCCCUCAGGUAUAACAGGCAAUUCUAGCAACAGUCUUCUUCCUCCUCAGUCUAUGGUAGAAACGCCAAGUACUGGAUGGUGUCCUGAUGCAACUAAUGGAUCAUUCAUACCUCCUUUAUAUCAUAAUCCAAUUCUAUCUUCUCCAUUCUGUAUCGAUCCAAGUAGACCACCGUGUUUGUUACCAUCCUUCGAAAUGCCAUCUUCAUCCUCAAAUUAUAUGAAUGCUUCAAUCAGUAGUUUAAAUAAUCCUACAUUGAGAGACGUUGAUUUAAUGGGUCGGUUGUUACCGCAAGCAGGUGCAGCUAUUCGUGCUGCUAAAGUUGCUGGCCUUCCUGGACCUCAUUCUUGGAAUCCAAAUGUUGUAGCUAAUUUCAUAUCUACAUUACCAGGAUGCAAACAAUUCGCUUGCAAAUUCAUUGAAAAUGAAAUAGAUGGAGCUGCUCUUCUGUGCCUUGAACAACACGACCUAAUGCAUGUACUAGGCAUGAAAUUAGGUCCUGCUGUGAAGGUGUACACUGCAAUUCAAGCCUUACGUAAAAGUCUUCUUGCUACACCGAUUUCAGAACUUGGCUCAGAACAUACAAAUGCUGUUGCCGCAGCUGUAUCAUGCUUUACUAGCAGUUUAUCAUCACAGAUUGGUGUCAGUUCAUCUGUGACCAGUGAUUCACAGUGUAUUGUAAACGGAUCCAGUUUGGAUACUCUAUCAUCUAAUACUGGAUGA